CCCGGGAGGUAGUACCCAGCAAAUAACCCAGACUCCUACCCCCAUCAUCACCAUUCCACAACCUAUCCCAUUCACUUCCCCCGUAAACCCUGUUCCCGUUUUUCCUCCAAAUUUCCCCGGGCCCCUGGAUCCAAUGUACAGCCAGGCUCUUCAAAAUUUUGGACAUUUCAUGUCCAUGUUUCAACAGCCAGGGGGAUUUUUGCCUUUUAAUCCGGGAUUGUAUCCACAGUCUUCGCCUCAAACUAACGUCAUUCGCCCGAUUGUCCCGACAAACCUGAUCGGGGAGAUGGAUAAAGUCGGUCCAUCCCGCUCUAGAAGAAGCCGGUCCCGUAGGUCACAGACAAAGGUGACCUCGGACGGGGAUGUGCGUUCAGUCCACAGCAAAGACGAGGACUGGGACCUCCCCCAGGCACUCAAAAAACAGAAGGGAAAGGCUGUCCAGCCAGAAGGAUCAAGGAGAUCGGCCUUUCAGAGACUUGGCCAUGAUGGCCGAAAUCAGAACCGAUCAGCAAAAGAACGGCUGGGGGUUGAAACCAUCCCAGCUCGAGGAGCCGGACGACCUGGUCAGACCAGGCGAACGGAACCACCCCCACGCGAUGAGCCCCAGCACAGCCGGGCGCCGCGGGAGGAGGAAGCCGAAAGCCACCCCAGGCACACGACCCGUUCUCAUGUUGAACAACCUCGGGAUCGUGUGGGCCGGGUCGAGGCACGUCUGGAAAAACUACAGCGCCGGGUAGACCGGGAGGAGAAGAAGAAAAUCCUGCUGAACGAAUCUCCGUUCACAGACCGGGUUCAUGAGACCCCGUUCCCAAAGAAGGCGAAGCUUGAAGUCCCGAAGUUCACCGGGAAGGAGGACCCGGAAAUUCACGUCAAAACCCUCCAUCAAAGUGGGCGGAUGAUGGGUCUCUCCGGGGAUGAAAAAUGCCUGCUUUUCUUUCAAACCCUCCGCGGCCGCGCCGCUAAGUGGUUUCAUAACUUACCAGCCGGCGAGAUCGAUUCGUUCGAUGAGCUGGCUGAGGUGUUUCAAGAAAAGUUUAAGGAAAACUGUACCAAAAGGAAAAAGUUCACCUACUUGAGUACGGCCGAGCAGAGGGAGCACGAGGAUCUGACGAAAUUCCUCACCCGGUGGAAGGAUGAAGUUGACAAGGAAUUCUGCAGGAGGCCUCCCCAGUCCUACCAAGAGGCCUAUAACACGGCCUGGGACUAUGCUGACGCAGAAGCCCAGGUGUCAUCCAAGAGGGAGGCCGAGCAGGGCCAUUCAAGGGGAAAAAUUUCCUUGAAAAAGGAGAUCACAUUGCCUGGUAAGGCAAAAGCAGAAGUCAUGGAGGUAAAGCCGGUCAAGACAGAGAAGAAACCAACCGGCGAGAAACAGUGGACGGAGAAGUAUUGCUCCUUUCACAAAACUGACUCCCAUAACACUGCAGAGUGCAACAGUGUGAAAGGAGUAAUAAAGCAGAUGAUCGAGGCCGGGGAGAUUGAUCCUGAGUACCUGGCUCAGGCCAAACAAAAGAAAAACCAAUGGGUCAGGCCUGAGGGACAGCCGGCCGAACAGAACAAGAAGAAAAAAGCAGCCGGCAAAGAGCAUUUACAGGUCAUUUACGGUGGACCAGAAGGAGGGGAUUCAGCUUCCCAAAGGAAAAAGUGGGGAAGAGAACUCUACGUGGGGACAGUAGCUCUCAAUCCCCGGUCAAAACAAGCAAGACGGGAACCGAUCACUUUCACUGACCGGGACCUUCCCGCCACCGGAGAAGAUCACAACGACCCCCUGGUGAUAACCAUGGACAUGGGUGGAGUCGAUGUCUCCCGGGUACUUGUUGACACGGGCAGCAGUGUUAACGUUUUGUACCUGGAUGCAUUUGAAAAGCUCAAGUUGUGUCGAACACGGCUUGAGCCCUUAAAGACUCCCCUGUCUGGGUUUACCGGGGACUCAGUCGAAGCUGAAGGGUCAAUCCUUCUAACUUGUGAGCUGGGCACAGGCGACCAGGUCGUCCAAAAGCAGAUGAGGUUUGUAGUUGUGAACAUCAAAUGUGUUCACAAUGCUAUCUUAGGCCGACCUGGUAUAAACAAGGCCCGCGGGGUAAUCUCUCUGGCCCACCUCUGUAUGAAGUUCUAUACCCCAGGCGGUAUAGGGCAAGUCAGAGGUGAUCAAAAGAAGGCCCGGCAUUGCUAUCUGGAAGCUAUAAAGAAAAUGACAAGGGCAUUCGAAGGAAUCACCUUGGUCUCCCAAGAAGAAGACCGGUCAAAACUGGAGCCGGGCGAUGAAACUGAGCAGAUUGUUCUCCGGGAAACCUUCCCGGAAAGAAUGGUGAAGAUUGGCAGAGAUCUGCCCGGAGGGCUUCGAGAUGAAAUCAUCUCAGUCCUUCGGGAAUAUGCAGAUAUUUUCGCUUGGAGUGUGGCAGACAUGCCGGGCAUUGACCGCUCUGUUAUAUGCCAUCGUUUGGCUAUAAUGGAAGGGAGCCGGCCAGUGAAACAAAAGAAGUGGCACUUGGCAAACGUCCGGAGGGACUUUGUGAAAAAAGAGGGUCAAGCCUUGGCUGACUUCCUCGUUGAACUGACCAGUCUGGAGCCCGAAGCCGGACCUUCCCAUACGGUCGAACCGUGGUGGGAUAUGGCCGUUGAUGGGGCCUCUGGACCGAAAGGAUGCGGAGCCGGCGUGGUCUUCACUACCCCGGAAGGAUUCAAGAUCUACCAUGCCCUGAUCUUCAACUUCAAACUCACCAACAAUGAGGCGGAGUAUGAAGCUUUAGCCGGUGGUCUCAGAAUAGCCCGGGCGCUUGGAAUAAAAAGGAUGAAGAUCCGUUCCGACUCAAGCCUAGUGGUUGGACAGGUCAAUGGUGAGAUGGAAGUGAAAGAGGAUCGCCUGGCCCGGUACGGCGACUUGGUCCGAGCGCUUCUAAGGGAAUUAGAAGAGUUUCGUCUGACUAGGAUACCCCGGUCGGAGAAUGCUGAUGCAGACAUGCUUUCGAAAUUAACGCAAGCUUGCCCGGAGCAUGUGUCCAAAUUGGCGAAAAUUGAGAUACUAGACGUGCCAAGUACAGACCGGUUUGAGGUUGCAGCCAUCCAACCGGGUCAGACUUCAUCAUCCGGGAUAAUCGAGGCAGAUGAUGAUUGGAGGUACGAGCUCAUGGAGUAUUUGGAGACCGGUCAGAAGCCUGAUGACGAGGAACGAGCCAGGAAAGUAGUCCUACGAGCUCCACGUUUCCAGGUGAUCGACGGCCACUUAUACAAACGAGCAAUUGGCGGACCACUCUUGCGUUGCCUUACCAACCCGGAGGCUGAGCGGGUAAUUGCCGAGGUACAUGAGGGAGUUUGUGCAGCCCAUCAAAUGUCUCGCACAUUAGCUCAAAGGAUAAUCCUACUAGGCUACUACUGGCCGACCAUUGUUGGGGAUUAUGAGAGGUAUGUCCAGAAAUGUAGGACGUGCCAGGUUUUUUACAAACAUCCCGGCAGACCGGCCACUUACUACCAACCAACCUCUAAUGUUAUACCCUUUGCCCGAUGGGGGAUUGACAUUAUUGGAGCCUUCCCGGUUGCCCAAGGCGGAAAGAAGUUCGUUAUGGUGGCUAUUGAUUACUUCACCAAAUGGAUUGAAGCUGAGGCGAUGGCCACCAUAACCGUACGGCAAUGUGAGAAAUUUAUUUGGAAAAACAUCAUUACCCGGUUUGGUUCCCCAAAAAUCAUCGUCACCGACAAUGGCCCCCAAUUUCGCAAUCCCCGGUUUACGGCAUACCUUGCUAGCUUCGGGGUCAAGCACAGCAAGGCCUCGGUCGCAUAUCCACAGGGAAAUGGCCAAGUGGAAAACGCUAACUGAACAAUUGUGGACGGUCUAAAAAAGAGGCUAGGUGAAGAAGGACACAAGUGGUUAGAAGCCUUGUUUCACACGGUCUGGGCACACAGAGUGACCUCAAGAAGAGCAACUGGAGAGACUCCUUUCGUGCUAACCUACGGAUGCGAAGCCCGGUUACCAGUGGAGGCAGAAAUUCCAACAUUCAGAGAAACCGUCUAUCAGCCCGGUCUGAAUGAAACUGAACACCUAGCUGAGCUAAAUCUAGUAGAGGAACGAAGGACCAUAGCAGCUGUCAAAAUGGCCGGCUACCAGCAGUCAGUAAAACGGUAUCAUGAUA